AUGCGUAUCGGCGAAUUUCUCUCAACAUUUGCACGAAAAGUUAAGAAAGUUUGUAGUUCAAAUUCACGAAUAUAUGACUCAGAUGUUUCUACCAAUAAAGCAAGCGAAAUUCCAAAACUAAAUGAGUUAAGCUCAGAGGAAUCUGAAAUAUUCAAUAAAACAAACCGAAUAGAGCAAUGGUGGUCUAAUGAAGAGUCUAGAAUUAUGGCCGAGUUACGAAAUAUUG